UUUACUUUUUUUUUUUUUUUUGUUGUUGUUUGGAGGGACUGACUUUCUGUAAUCUCUAUGCAAGUUUCGCAUUGUGUGCUUGGCUUGCAUGUGGGUGGCGUUAUUGGAAUCUCGUUGCGGUAGUCGCUUUUGGGGUGGUGUGGGAGAGGCAUGGCGGCUAAGAAACUGUGCGAGACUUUCUCGAAGAGCUUGAUCGACGACGUGCAGCGAUGGGGGUGUAUGAAGCAAACGGGGGUGAGCUUGAGGUACAUGAUGGAGUUUGGGUCCGAGCCCGGCGACAGGAAUUUGCUAAUCUCCGCUCAGUUCCUUCACAAGGAGCUCCCCAUUAGGAUUGCAAGGAGGGCCAUCGAGCUUGAGACCCUUCCUUAUGGCCUAUCCGAAAAACCUGCCGUUUUGAAGGUUCGAGAUUGGUAUUUGGAUUCUUUCCGUGACCUUAGAUCCUUUUCUGAGAUCAAGAAUUCGAGCGAUGAGAAAGAAUUUACCCAAAUGAUUAAGGCAAUUAAGGUGAGACACAACAAUGUUGUCCCCAUGAUGGCUUUGGGGGUUCAACAGUUGAAGAAAGGCAUGGAUUCGACGAUAGUCGACGAGGAUCUUGAUGAGAUUCAUCAGUUUCUGGAUCGAUUUUACAUGUCAAGGAUAGGAAUUCGCAUGCUUAUUGGGCAACACGUGGAGUUGCAUAAUCCUAAUCCCCCUCCUCACUGUGUGGGCUAUAUACAUACGAAAAUGUCUCCACUGGAGGUAGCACAAAAUGCCAGUGAAGAUGCCCGUUAUAUUUGCAUGCGCGAGUAUGGCAGUGCACCUGAUGUUACUAUCUACGGAGAUCCCCGUUUUACAUUCCCUUAUGUUCCAACACACUUGCAUCUUAUGGUAUUUGAGUUGGUUAAGAACUCCUUGCGUGCUGUCCAAGAGCGUUUCGUGGACUCUGAUAAAGUUGCACCUCCUAUUAGAAUAGUAGUUGCUGAUGGGAUAGAAGAUGUUACUAUCAAGGUCUCAGAUGAGGGGGGUGGUAUACCAAGAAGUGGCCUCUCCAAAAUUUUCACUUAUCUUUACAGCACUGCAAGAAACCCACUGGAUGAGGAUUCAGAUCUUGGUACUGCUGAUUCAGUCACAAUGGCUGGAUAUGGAUAUGGCCUCCCAAUAAGCCGCUUAUACGCUCGGUACUUCGGAGGAGAUCUGCAAAUUAUCUCUAUGGAAGGAUAUGAAUUGCGGUGUGUUUAUGCAGGGACUGAUGCAUAUCUCCAUUUGUCUCGUUUGGGAGAUUCGCAAGAACCUCUACCAUGAACCAAAGCUGAAAGCGAAUAAUGCAUUGAAGUUAUUAUGAUUAAUUAAUGGAAAUGUUAAAACGAGGGGUUUUGCUUGUACCUUGCACUAUCAAAAGGCACACCGCAUGCUAUCAAAUUUUCAGUCUAAUAAAUUGUAUAGUAUUUGUUUGUUCCUUAA